AUGUCGAGGCGCAAGCAGGUGAAACCCCAGCACAUCAACUCCGAGGAGGACCAGGGCGAGCAGCAGGCGCAGCAGGCGACCCCGGAGUUUGCAGAUGCGGCCCCAGUGGCGCCCGCGCCGGGGGAGCCGGGUGCUCCAGUAAACCACCCAGGGAACGACAAUGAGGCGAGUGAGGACGAAGCCACAGUAAAGCGGCUUCGUCGGGAGGAGACGCACGUCUGCGAGAAAUGCUGUGCAGAGUUCUUCAGCAUCUCUGAGUUCCUAGAACAUAAGAAAAAUUGCACUAAAAAUCCACCUGUCCUCAUCAUGAAUGACAGUGAGGGCCCGGUGCCUUCAGAAGACUUCUCUGGAGCGGUACUGAGCCAACAGUCCCCCAGUCCCAGCAGUAAGGACAGUCACAGGGAGAAUGGUGGCAGCUCAGGGGACAUGAAGGAGAAGCCAGGUGCGGAGUCUGUGGUGUACCUAAAGACAGAGACAGCCCUGCCACCCACCCCCCAGGACAUAAACUAUUUACCCAAAGGCAAAGUGGCCAACAUUAACGUGACCUUGCAGGCACUACGGGGCACCAAGGUGGCGGUGAAUCAGCGGAGCGCGGAUGCCCUCCCUGCCCCUGUGCCCGGUGCCAACAGCAUCCCGUGGGUCCUGGAGCAGAUCUUGUGUCUGCAGCAGCAGCAGCUCCAGCAGAUCCAGCUGACCGAGCAGAUCCGCGUCCAGGUGAACAUGUGGGCCGCCCACGCCCUCCACUCGAGCGGGGCAGGGGCCGAAACGCUGAAGACCCUGAGCAGCCACGUGUCCCAGCAGGUGUCUGCAGCUGUGGCUCUGCUCAGCCAGAAAGCUGGAAGCCAAGGUCUGUCUCUGGAUGCCUUGAAACAAGCCAAGCUACCUCACGCCAACAUCCCUACUGCUACCAGCUCCCUGUCCCCAGGGCUGGUGCCCUUCGCUCUGAAGCCGGAUGGGACCCGGGUGCUCCCGAACGUCAUGUCCCGCCUCCCGAGCGCUUUGCUUCCUCAGGCCCCGGGCUCGGUGCUCUUUCAGAGCCCUUUCUCCACCAUGGCGCUAGACACAUCCAAGAAGGGGAAGGGGAAGCCCCCAAACGUCUCCGCGGUGGAGGUCAAACCCAAGGACGAGGCGGUCCUCUACAAGCACAAGUGUAAGUACUGUAGCAAGGUUUUCGGGACUGAUAGCUCCUUGCAGAUCCACCUCCGCUCCCACACUGGAGGGAGACCCUUUGUGUGCUCUGUCUGUGGUCAUCGCUUCACCACCAAGGGCCUCAAGGUGCACUUUCACCGACAUCCCCAGGUGAAGGCAAACCCCCAGCUGUUUGCCGAGUUCCAGGACAAAGUGGCAGCAGGCAAUGGCACCCUCUAUGCGCUCUCUGUACCUGACCCCAUAGACGAAUCGAGUCUUUCCUUAGACAGCAAACCUGUCCUUGUAACCCCCUCUGUAGGGCUACCUCAGAAUCUCUCUUCGGGGACUAAUCCCAAGGACCUCUCGGGUGGCCCGUUGCCCAGUGACCUGCAGCCUGGGCCUUCUCCAGACAGUGAGGGUGGACCCAUACUCCCUGGGGUGGGACCAGACCAUCAUUCCCCAAGGGCUGGUGGCUUCCAAGGGAGUGGGACCCCCGAGCCAGGGUCAGAGACCCUGAAACUGCAGCAGCUGGUGGAGAACAUUGACAAGUUCAGUCGGAGCCCCGAGAGUGCCAAUGUUUUCCCCACACCUCUUAGAUGCCUUCCUCUUCCUGAACCCCAGAAGAGGUGGGUGCCUGAGCGGGGAAUCUCAGCUCUCAUUCCAAAUGUCCCACCUUACAACUUUUCUGCAAUGUAUGUUACCCUGAAUGAGCCUUCUCGGCUUCAGAAAUGUCAGGCAGUUGGGGAGAAUGAAAAGGAGGAGACCUGUGUUCUGGGACUACAUCUGACCCUUAGGAUCUUUGAGCAAAUUUCAUUUAGUCAUUCAACAAAUAUGUAUCGAGCUUCACCCAUGGGACCCAGAUUCCCUAGAGGCAGCAAUCUAGAGAAAAUCUGUUCUCUGGAUUUAUGGUUUAAUGGAGCACACAGCAUGGCUGUCAAGAAAUUUAUCACCAUUUUCCCCACAAAGCAGCAGGUUUCAGAUUCAAAUGAGGCUCUGCACUGUGAUUUCACCUUUACCAAGGCUGUCAAGGAAAGGUCUGUGAGGUGUGGAGAAGGCUCCUGCUGA